AUGCGCCUACUACGACCGCGCUUGCUGACUGCCAAUCGAGCUUUGCCGUGGCAUUUCACAAGGUCGCGAUUGUCAAAUACAUCACUUCGCCAUUGCUCAUGCUCUGAAAAUCGCGAUCCUCUCCCUCCCACCGACCACCGAGCUCUCGGAACCGCCCAAGAGCUCUUCACAUCCUCCGUCUACAGCCCUGGGUCACCUCUAUUCCUCCCAAAUGGCACACACGUCGUCAACAAGUUGAUAUCUUUCCUUCGCACCCAGUACCUGCAAUAUGGCUUCCGCGAAGUCCUCACCCCGACCAUCUACAAAAAAUCCCUCUGGGAGAUCUCGGGACACUGGCAAAACUACAAAGAUGAUAUGUACGAGGUGACCGGUCGCGGAGCCAGUGGUGAUGCAGAUGGCGAGCUUGGCGAGGAUGAAUCCUACGGUCUAAAGCCAAUGAAUUGUCCAGGUCACUGCCUACUCUUCAAGUCUCAAAACCACUCCUACCGCGACAUGCCAGUGCGUUAUGCAGACUUCAGCCCGCUGCACCGGAACGAAGUCUCUGGCUCGCUAACUGGCCUGACGCGUGUGCGUCGCUUUCAUCAAGACGACGGUCAUAUUUUCUGUCGGCCGCAGCAGAUCAAGGCAGAGAUCGCAUCCGCGCUAGGGUUCGUGGAUAUGGCGAUGAAGACCUUCGGGCUUGGUCCGUAUCGCUUGGUUCUGUCUACUCGACCAGAGACGGAUUAUAUUGGCACAUUGGAGAUGUGGGAUAAUGCCGAGGGGCAACUUCGCGAAGCGCUCAAUAGCACGGGUCGGGAAUGGGCGCUCAACGAGGGCGAUGGUGCCUUCUAUGGCCCUAAGAUUGAUAUCCAGCUCCAGGACAAGGCGGGAAAAUUCCACCAGCUGUCUACAAUUCAGCUGGAUAUGAAUCUCCCCCAGCGGUUUGAGCUAGAAUAUCAGGUUGCAGAGGGUGAGCCAGACUACAACCCGGCCACACCGGGAGUGGCGACUCCUGUUUUAAUUCAUCGGGCCAUCUUUGGUUCCCUGGAGCGCUUUUUGGCACUGCUGAUUGAAGAGCAUGGCGGUCAUUGGCCCUUCUGGCUUUCUCCCCGCCAGGCCAUCAUUCUGACCGUCAACCAAGAUGCCGCUGUUGUUCAACGGGCUCAGGAAGCGGCCGCCAAGUUCUCUGGAUUCCGCGCCUUGCUCAACGACGGCCCCGCCCAGUCGCCCCGUCCGCUGUCAUCUGUCGACUCUACCUUUUUGGUUGACGUUGACACUAGCCCACAGACCCUCGGCAAAAAGAUUCAGCGCGCCAAACAGAUGAAGUACAACCUCAUUUUCAUCCUCGGACCGCGUGAUGUCGCAGAGGGUGGUGUCACUGUUGAUGUCACUGGACAGAUGCACAGCAAGACAGACAAGGAAGGGGCACAAUUGCAGGCGCUGAUCAAAGCCAAACUUGGCGAUGAUGCCCUGCAGAACCCUCGCGCUGUCAAACUUUGUGUGGACGAUGUCCAUCCGCUAUUGGUGGAACUCGAAAAGAAUUUUGUUUGA